AAACGUUGACGUCCAAAACGAAAAUGGCACGUGCGCUAAAGCUCUAGCUAUUAGACGUGCAUCACGAAGUAAGGUGCGUGCGUACCGAAAACGAAACCUAGCCACGGUGUGGCCGAAAGCUUCAGUAAAACGAACCGUCAGCCCCCCCCGGGUGUCCCUCAGGCAUGGCACUGCAAAUAUCAGCUCUAUUUUCAUAUGUCAGAGCCCUGCCCAGCACCACCGGCCCCUUUUCCCGUGUCCGUGCUGACUUCCAGAGAGCCGGUGUCAAGUUCAAACACAUAAUAGCUCCUGGUAGCCCCCAGCCGGGAGGGAAGCCAGCAACAAGUCCUCUCCGCGGCCAUAUUAACGCUGCCCUCCGAGCUGAGAAGUUUUCAACAACAACAGCAGCAGCAGCACUUUGGAAGUCCAGUCAGGGGAACGGUUCCUUCUCACCCUGGGGGAGGAGAGGCUGGCUGGGCAAGGUCGCGCUCGGUGCAGCCCUUGGAGUGAGCACAGUCGCGCUGGUUCAGUCUCUCCACACGGGGACCCUGGCCGCCAUGGCCCUCAAAAUUAACCUGAACUCCGCUGAGGGAGACUGGAAGGAGACCAAGGACUUCUUGCUGUCUCUUUCGGUGAAGGACAGUCGUCAGUACUACAGGUUUUCUGCCUUUGUGCCACUGGACAACAUCCCAGUGUGGACUCCCACGGCAGGUGGUUCUGAGCCAAGCCGCUAUCAGAGGAAUGAAAAGUUGGACCAGAAAAUUUCCCUAUAUAGUGGCGACAUCACCAAGCUGGAGAUUGAUGCUAUUGUUAAUGCAGCAAACAAGACUCUGCUCGGCGGAGGUGGAGUGGACGGAGCGAUCCACCGUGCUGCAGGUCCAAUGCUAAAAAAGGAGUGUGCUUCCCUCCACGGGUGUGAGACUGGAGAGGCCAAGAUCACCUGUGGCUAUGGCCUGCCAGCAAAGUAUGUGAUCCACACUGUGGGGCCGAUCGCACAAGGAGGAGUUGGAGAGGAGGAGAGGAAAGCUCUGAGGUCGUGCUACAAGAACAGCCUGAAAACAGCCACUGAAAAUGCUGCACGUUCUGUGGCUUUCCCUUGCAUCUCCACUGGAAUCUAUGGAUAUCCACCUGAACAGGCUGUGCAUGAGGCUUUAGCAACUGUGAGGGAAUAUCUGGAUGCACAUCAUGACAAGCUGGACAGAAUCAUCUUCUGUGUAUUCUUGCCGACGGAUAAGGAGCUGUAUCUGCAGAACCUCCCGCUCUACUUCCCUGCUGCCUGACCAAUGACAUCAGCUUAUUGUUCAGCUCCCACAGAAGCCACUGUCAAGAGUAAACUCUGAGAGAUUUUGCUGCUGUGGAUACACACCGCUAUGCUCAACAUCUAGAUUCCUUCUCCUCACCAUCGAUGCAGAUCAAGACCUUCUUCAGCCAGAAGAUAACUCUUAAAUGGAUGAUUGCUUUUUUGAAAUGUACACUGGCCCUUCUGCAGAUGUUGAUUAGUUUUUCUGUUUUCCCCACUAAUGGUUGAGCUUAAGAGAGGCAUUGAGAUGAAAGUGUGGAAUGAUGUUAAUGACUCUAGUGAAAAAUGGGCCGUGUGCACCUGAAGCUGCACUCUAACUUGACCUUUAUUGUCUAGCUUUGCAUCAAGCUUACAACCUCCUGUGAGUUAUAUGUCCUUUCUGCUUUUUGAAUAUUGGGAUUUCAAUGUGUGUGUGCGUGCAGUGACAAAAGCUUAUUAAAACAAAUUACACAGG